AUGGAACCAAUAACAUUCACAGCGAGGAAACAUCCGUUUCCUACUGAGGUCUGGGUGGACUUUGGCCUCCAGCUGGUGGGCUCCUUGCCGGUGCAUGCUCUGACCACCAUGCCCAUGCUGCCGUGGGUCGUGGCAGAGGUGCGACGGCUCAGUGGGCAGUCCUCCAUAAAGGAGCCUGGUAGCAAGCAAGUCCGGCUUUGUGUUUCACCCUCCGGACUGAGAUGUGAACCUGAGCCAGGAAAAAGUCAACAAUGGGAUCCCCUGAUCUGUUCCAGCAUCUUCGAGUGUAAGCCUCAGCACGUGCAUAAGCUGAUUCACAACAGUCACGACCCAAGUUACUUUGCUUGUCUGAUUAAGGACGAUGCAGCCAAUAAGCGGAGUAUCUGCUACGUGUUCAAAGCUGAUGAUCAAACAAAAGUGCCUGAGAUCAUCAGCUCCAUCCGCCAGGCCGGGAAGAUUGCCCGCCAGGAGGAGCUCCAUUGCCCGUCGGAGUUUGACGACACGUUCGCCAAGAAGUUCGAGGUGCUCUUUUGUGGCCGGGUGUCGGUGGCGCACAAGAAGGCCCCACCAGCCCUAAUCGAUGAGUGCAUUGAGAAGUUCAACCACAUCAGUUGCAGCAGGAAAGCCGACUUUGACUUGGUCUCCCAGAAUUCCGAGACCGCCAAUCCUGUGGGAGGGUUUGCCUUCACGGAUAGGUUGCGAACUGUGCACCAGCCCUCCGGGAAGGGGGAGCAGGGCCAGCGGCCAAUGCGCAAGUCCUUCUCCCAGCCUGGGCUGCGCUCUUUGGCCUAUAAGAAGGAAUUCCAAGAUCGAAGCUUUCGAAGUAAUAGUUUCUUCAGCUCUUUUGAGGAAAAUGACAUUGAGAACCACCUCAUCAGUGGACACAAUAUUGUGCAGCCAACAGAUAUUGAGGAAAACCGAACUAUGCUCUUCACGAUUGGUCAAUCUGAAGUUUACCUCAUCAGUCCUGACACCAAAAAAAUCGCGUUGGAGAAAAAUUUUAAGGAGAUAUCUUUUUGCUCUCAGGGUAUUAGACACGUGGACCACUUUGGGUUUAUCUGCCGAGAGUCUUCAGGAGGUGGAGGCUUUCAUUUUGUCUGUUACGUGUUUCAGUGCACAAAUGAAGCUCUGGUUGAUGAAAUUAUGAUGACCCUGAAACAGGCUUUCACGGUGGCUGCGGUGCAGCAGACUAAAGCACCAGCCCAGCUGUGCGAGGGCUGCCCCCUGCAGGGCCUGCACAAGCUCUGUGAACGGAUAGAGGGAAUGAAUUCUUCCAAAACCAAACUAGAACUUCAGAAGCACCUGACAACAUUAACUAACCAGGAACAAGCAAUGAUUUUCGAGGAGGUUCAGAAAUUGAGACCAAGAAAUGAACAGCGAGAGAAUGAAUUGAUUAUUUCUUUCCUGAGAUGUUUGUAUGAAGAGAAACAAAAAGUUCACAUCCAUAUUGGGGAGAUAAAGCAGACAUCACAGAUUGCAGCAGAGAAUAUUGGAACUGAAUUACCAUCUAGUGCCACUCGAUUUAGGCUAGAUAUGCUGAAAAACAAAGCGAAGAGAUCUUUAACAGAGUCUUUAGAAAGUAUUUUGUCCCGGGGUAAUAAAGCCAGAGGCCUGCAGGAACAUUCCACCAGUUUGGAUCUGGACAGCUCCAUGUCUAGCACAUUAAGUAACACCAGCAAAGAGCCAUCUGUGUGUGAAAAGGAGGCCUUGCCUGUCUCGGAGUCCUCCUUCAGGGUCCUCGGCUCCUCAGAUGACCUGUCCAGUGACUCGGAGGGCCAUUCCGCAGAAGAGCCAGCCCCGCUCUCACCCCAGCAGGGUUUCAGAAGGCGUGCAAACACCCUGAGUCAUUUCCCCGUGGAGUGCCAGCAACCUCCGGAACCUGCUCAGGGGUCUCCAGGGGUCUCGCAGAGAAAACUGAUGAGGUAUCACUCAGUGGGCACAGAGACGCCUCAUGAACGAAAUGGGAAUCAUCCACCUGUUGGCGAGUCUAAAAGUUGCUCAGGUCCUUCAGCUCCUGCUCCUCCACCUCGUCUUAACCCCUCCGCCUCCUCACCAAAUUUUUUUAAGUACCUAAAACAUAACUCGAGUGGAGAACAAAGUGGGAAUGCUGUGCCAAAGAGCAUCUCCUACCGUAAUGCCCUGCGGAAAAAACUUCAUUCUUCUUCCUCUGUGCCAAAUUUUCUAAAAUUUCUGGCGCCUGUAGAUGAAAAUAACACCUCUGACUUUAUGAACACAAAAAGGGAUUUUGAAUCCAAAGCCAACCAUCUUGGUGAGGCCAUUGGGACCUCUGUAAAGACACGGAGACACUCAUGGAGGCAGCAGAUAUUUCUCCGAGUGGCAACCCCACAGAAAGCGUGUGACUCCCCCAGCAGAUAUGAAGAUUACUCUGAGCUGGGAGAGCUUCCCCCGCGAUCUCCUUUAGAACCAGUUUGUGAAGACAGACCCUCUGGCCCUGUGCUGGAGGAAAAGAAAAGGACACCUCGCGAGCUUCGAGAACUAUGGCAAAAAGCGAUUCUACAACAGAUACUCCUCCUCAGGAUGGAGAAGGAAAACCAGAAGCUGCAAGCCUCUGAAAAUGAUUUGCUGAACAAGCGCCUGAAGCUUGAUUAUGAAGAAAUCACUCCCUGUCUUAAAGAAGUAACAGCAGUGUGGGAAAAGAUGCUUAGCACUCCAGGAAGAUCCAAAAUUAAGUUUGACAUGGAAAAAAUGCACUCGGCUGUGGGGCAAGGUGUGCCACGUCAUCAUCGGGGUGAAAUCUGGAAAUUCCUAGCAGAGCAAUUCCACCUUAAACACCAGCUUCCCAGUAAACAGCCAAAGGACACGCCGUACAAAGAACUCCUAAAACAGCUCACCUCCCAGCAGCAUGCGAUUCUUAUCGACCUUGGGCGAACCUUUCCAACACAUCCGUACUUCUCGGCCCAGCUAGGAGCAGGGCAGCUGUCACUUUACAACAUUUUGAAGGCCUACUCACUUCUAGACCAAGAAGUAGGAUAUUGCCAAGGCCUCAGCUUUGUGGCAGGCAUUUUGCUGCUUCACAUGGGUGAAGAGGAGGCGUUUCACAUGCUCAAGUUUCUGAUGUUUGACAGGGGACUGCGGAAACAGUACCGGCCGGACAUGAUUAUUUUACAGAUCCAGAUGUACCAGCUCUCCAGGCUCCUUCACGAUUACCACAGAGACCUCUACAACCACCUUGAGGAGCACGAGAUCGGCCCCAGCCUCUAUGCCGCCCCCUGGUUCCUCACCGUGUUUGCGUCCCAAUUCCCACUGGGAUUUGUGGCCAGAGUCUUUGAUAUGAUCUUUCUUCAGGGAACAGAGGUCAUAUUUAAAGUGGCUUUAAGUCUGUUGGGAAGCCAUAAGCCCUUGAUUCUGCAGCAUGAAAACCUAGAAACUAUAGUUGACUUUAUAAAAAACACACUACCCAACCUGGGCUUGGUGCAAAUGGAAAAGACCAUCAAUCAGGUGUUUGAGAUGGACAUCUCUAAACAGCUACAAGCUUAUGAGGUUGAGUACCACGUGCUUCAAGAAGAACUCAUCGAUUCCUCUCCACUCAGUGACAACCAAAGAAUGGACAGAUUAGAGAAAACCAACAGCAGCUUACGCAAACAGAACCUUGACCUCCUCGAACAACUGCAGGUGGCAAAUGGUAGGAUCCAAAACCUCGAAGCCACAGUUGAGAAGCUUCUGACUAGUGAAAGCAAGCUGAAGCAGGCGGCCCUGGCCUUAGAGCUGGAGAGGUCAGCGCUGCUGCAGACGGUGGAGGAGCUUCAGAGGCGGACUGCAGAGCUGGGCGGUCCACAGCCCGACCUCACACUGCCCCAGCCCACGGGCGACUGACAGCGCAGGGCACAGCACCUCGCCAGGCAUGGCUCUGGGGGAGACAUCGUAACACCGUCCUGAUACUGUCCAGGCCUUAACUGAGAGAGACAGAAGAUGCAGGAGGGGAAGAACGAAGCGUGACGCAUGCUUCUCAGGGAGGAAACGUGCUUGCCAGCAGGCAGAUUCUUCUGAACUAAAACUUGCAAUUCAGGGGGGCGAGCGUCCCAUUGUUUUUGUUGUUGUUUAGGUUCCAGUUGGUCCCUUCUCUGAUUCUAAUUACUGUAAUCAGUAGAUUUAGAUGGCAUGGAUAUGAAUAAAUGCACCUUUAUGUUUC